CAAUCUCUUUAUUUCCACAAUUUUUCUACUCGCUGAUGUGUCUCUGAAGCUGAACAAGAAACUCCUACAUGAAAAAAAAUGUGAAAAAUACAAACAAAAGUAGCCACCAAAACUUCUUGAAUCCUUAUUUAUCAUUAAGGGCGGGGAGCAGCUCACCACCCGCCACGACCAUCAACAGACUGGAGUGCUCCAUGAUGGAUCACGCUUCAUCAAGCCCAGAAGACUCAUGAGACAGCAAAGCGAUACAUUUAUAGUGCUGUUCACUAGCUGCUCGUGACGUCAACCCGGUGUCUUAAAGUUAUUAUUUAAGGAGGAAGAGGAGGAGGAGGUUAAGGGAUUAUCAAGUCAUGGCACUGUACACACUGCAUGGACGUUGCAGUGAACAGACGUGCUUUCCUGAGCUCCAGUACCUGGUACUCAACAAGUGUAACCAGUCACUGGACGUGGACAUUCAUAAAAAUUUUCAUCAUACAGGAGUCAGGAGGGCUGCUGCCGAGCCCAUCAGAAGGACUGCCGCCGGGAAGAUGCCACUGGCAGCUGCGGACGGGACCAAGAUGGUGCGUGUGGCGGUGGCGGCGGUGUUGGUGGUGGGGUGUGUGCAUCACCUCCCCGCCACCGCGGCAGGACAGCCCUCAGUGUUCUACGUCAACAGUGUUUCUCUUGGCAACUACUUAGAAAAACCAGGGAUGACGAUAGACAGCAAGGAUGCCUACCUGACGAUAAGCGCCAAAGAUAAAUGCAGCUGCCGGGCCGCGUGCCGGACACAUCCUCGCUGCGUAGCCGCUGCCAUAGUGCCUGAUGGGCAGGCAUGGCAGUGCCGUCUGGCCGACGAGGGACCAAUCUUCAUUAACGUCACGGAGGAUCCCGAAGCGACCUAUGUCUUCUGGGAGAAAUCACUGCCAGAGAAUCUCUAUUUCGGAUUGGGAAAGGACAGAAUGCUGUACCUGGUCGAGAAGUUCAGAAACAAAACAUUCCAAGAAGCCAAAAACUUUUGCAGACGCAUUCCUGGACACCGACUGGCCAUGACAAAAACCAGGAAUAGUUUUGACGCGUUGGUUGACAUCAUUAAGGAAACCGGUCAUGCGUGGGUGUGGAUAGACCUGCGUCAACAGGACGAGACUGACAAAAACUCUUUGGUGUGGGGCGACAACACAACAUACAGUGUUACAAACAUUAUGCUUAUAGUCCUCUCACGAGGUUGUCCUUUUAUCCUGACUUGGUGGGGAAUAAUCCGGGAGAGUUGUUACGACGGGCGUUGGAUUGCAGCGUGCCAGGCUGACCCACUGGGCCUGGGCGAUUAGUAUUGUCUCUGCCCAGUGUUUUCUCCUAAGGCUGUCCUUCAGGCCUUUUCUUCAACAGUCCAGUCUAUUUUCUGCAUAACCUUUACAAC